CAGUACACACGUAUGGCAUUCUUGAGUCUAUAAUGAGUCUCUGAGGACGAGUGGUAACAGUGAGGCACAAAAGAAGUACCUUAAUUGCAUCAUAGCGCUUUCCUACAUAGCUACGUAAUGGUAUUGUUAAUCUAGGCACUGCAAGGUUUAGGCUACUGAAUGGCAGCUGUCUUAGGCCUCCAUCUACCCCAAUAGUAAUACAACUCUGUCACAUAUUCUUCAUGGAUUUCUAUUUCCACAAUUACACACAAUACUAAAGUAGGCAGGUCAGCAGUAUUGGGAAAUUGGUAUAAUUACAACACACACACACACAUUUGACAGCUGCGGGGAUCCCUGAUUUCCGCAGUCCCGGGACCGGUCUCUAUGACAACCUCCAGAAGUACAAUUUGCCUGACCCGCAGGCCGUCUUCCACAUUGGCUACUUCCGACGGAACCCCAAACCUUUCUGCAUGCUGGCCAAGGAGCUCUACCCAACCAACUUCAAGCCAACCCUGUCUCACUACUUUAUUCGAUUGCUGGCAGAGAAGGGACUUCUGCUCAGGAACUUCACACAGAACAUAGACGGUCUGGAGAGAAGGGCUGGACUGAACCCUGACCUCCUGGUGGAGUCUCACGGAGGAUUCAGCACAGCUCACUGCAUCGACUGUGGACACCAGUACUCAGAGCAGUUUGUCAAAGAUUGUGUGUUUAGAGACGAGAUCCCUCGAUGCACACGGGAGACCUGUCGAGAUACGAAGACCGCUACAGAGGAGGCGGAGAAGAAGAAAGGAGGGGGUGAGGGCGAGGAGGGGGAAGAGGGAGAGGGGGAAGAGGGAGAGGGGGGAGAGGUGAAAGGACUCGUGAAACCAGACAUAAUAUUCUUUGGUGAGGCACUUCCUGACAGAUUUGCGACGUGUAUCAAAGAGGACAUGAUAAAGUGUGACCUCCUCAUCGUCAUGGGAACCUCUCUCUUGGUUCAUCCCUUCGCCUCUCUCGUUGACCGAGUGAGAGAUGAUUGUCCUCGUCUGCUGAUAAAUCGCGAGAAAGUUGGGGAGGGUGACGUCAUGAUGAGGUUGAUGGGCUUUUCCAGUGGCCUUGACUUCGGUGAGGAGACUGGCUACAGGGAUGUGUUCCACAAGGCUAACUGCGACGAUGGAUGUCGUGAUCUUGCUGACAUGCUCGGAUGGAAGGCAGAGCUGGAGGAGAUGGUGGCAAGGGAGCAUGCAAAGCUCGAUGAUCAGCAAACCCAGUAAUUGGCGGAGUCGAUAUGCAAGUCUUCGCAGUUUAUGAAUGGAAAAUCAUCUUUCAUACUUCCAGCUGUGACCAGUAUAAAUAUUUUGUAUGUUUAUGUACAUGAUGUGUGAUUACAGGGUCACUAACACUAGUUACUCUGUUGCUAAAGGAGGCUAGGAGGCUUUGUAGGAGAGUCGGCAAACAGCGUCCAUAUGCAGGUCUGCCCGACGCCUGAGGUGGCAACGACGCGAUAGCCCAAGUCUGCCAGUCUGUCCAGAACUUUCCGCGGAUGAUCGGGAGUCGAAUACACCUUACUGCCAGACAGACACACAGAGGAACAAUAGAGUUAAGAGCCUAGUCCAUUCAAGGAACAAUUGAGUAAAAGAUGCUGGAACCGUGUUUUGGACGAGGGGCCAAUAUACGCAAAUAAAAACAAUUUUUAAGAUACACAAUAUUCUGCGACUAGUGGUGAGUUCUCACAAUGGAUUUCCACCGAGACUCUGGAGAGUGGCGUUGAGAUAGUUCAUUAGGGCAGGGUCACUGUUCUCUUCACCGCAGAGAGUGGGACCACACUCCAGCCUGAUUUGGGUGCUGAUCAGUACGUAGGGCAUCUCCGUCACCUCUUCUCACUGCCUGGGUUCGA